AACAAUGCCACGAAGCCCGUAGAGGUCAUCUGCGCAUGGCCAGUCUCUGGCCAGUAUGGCGCCGGAUCCAGGGUUUUAUACUACGUGCUAAUAGCAGCAUGUCUGUUUGCUCGAAGGGAGAUAUGGAUCAAGAAUGCUUGUUUGGCUGCAGCACUGCUCCUCCCAGCUGUAGCUGCUGUCCAUGGCAUCGUCCUGGCAGCGUUGCAUCGCGACAAGGCUGUGGACAUGGACGUAUAUGGUGCUUUCCAGCUGUGCUCAAUUGGCGUUCUCGUCGUGCCAGUGACCGUCAGGCUAUCCGAGACGUAUCGCAAUACUCCAGGUCGCAAUACAAUCUUUCUGUGGGCAGGCUUGCUUCUCGCAGGACUACUCAGCCUCACCAUUGAGUUUUACCGAGCCCAGACAUUCCCCUGCAGUCAGGAUGCUCAAGGCAACCCGAUACCCAACAACCCCUCGAAGUUCCCUUACGGAGAAAGCACAACAUGUGGACUUGUCUGCUCCGAAACAGAGGGGCCGUUCUCGCCCAUGCGAAAGGGCUCAUCGAGUGACAUCUACGUGAUUCCUGCGCCCAGCCGGCUCACGUUCGGCACGGCGACACUCCUCGCGGCCGCGUGCUGCGUCCACACAAUUGUCUGGAUGGCAUCUAUGGCGGAACUGGUGUUUGAGGAUAACUGGAAAUCACCCUUUGGCAUCAAAGUCGACGAUAGCCAGGCUGACGAGCAAAUUCCGGGCACCAACGGUGCAACAAAGAAGACUAUGAGGGAUGUCAACGCCAUGAUUCGCUUUUUCCUCUCUGUAGUGGCGGUUCCCAUCUUUGGGGGUGCCGGGCUUGCCAUUCUCAUUAUCGGCGAGAUCAACUUCUUCAGUGGUCCAGUCAGUUACCAAGUUGAGUCGCUGGCCAGCAUU